AUGGCCAAGGGAGCCAAGAGUGGCUGGAGAGUGAGUGCAGGUGUGGAGAAGGAGCAGGAGCAGGAGCAGGAGCAGGAGGAAGCCAGAAAGAGCCUGAAGAUGAAGAGCCUGCUUCUGACUGUCACACUGUUUGUCCUGGUGGCUGUCCUACAAGCCCAGGAUGACCUGCCUUUCCUCUCAGAAGACAAGAAUGUCUCAGGGACCUGGUACAAGAAGGCCACAGUGAUUAAUCUGAACACCACAAAGUUGAAGAGACCCAAGGAAGAAUUCCCUUUUGUAGUGAGAACCCUGGAAAAGGGAAACAUAGAGAUCACGAUCACUGCCAUGCUUAAUGGUGAGUGCACCCAGGAAGAAUUCGUGUUGGAGAAGACGAAGGAGCCUGGCCAAUACAGUGCCUUUUGGGACUUGUAUCACAUAUACAUCUAUGAACUGCCAGUGAUGGACCACUACAUCAUCUACAGUGAAUUGAAUUUUAAGAAGAAAGUAUAUGUGGGAGACCUCAUAGGGAAGGAUACUACAGAAAACCACGAGGCCCUAGAAGAUUUCAAGAAAUUCACAGAGUGGAAAGGCUUUCCACAGGAAAACAUCUUUGUGCCUAUGCAGACAGCAGCUGCUUCUCAGAGCUGCAAAUCCUGA